AUGUCCAACAUCUUGAUCUAUGCCGGCCCCGGCACGUCGCAGUCCGCACUCUCACACACGAUCAAUACUCUGAGAGUCUUAUUGCCGUCGUAUGAUGUGCAGACAAUUCAAGCGAAGUCAAUUGCACUGGAUCCAUGGUCGAGCAGCACCUCCCUGUUCGUGAUCCCGGGGGGAAGGGACUUGCCCUACCUCGACGCUCUUACGCAACAAUAUCCCCUCCCCUCUGGUAGAAGUACAGUAUCUGCUGUGGAGCGCAUCAAUGAUUACGUCCGGCGAGACGGAGGAUCUUUUCUUGGAAUAUGCGCCGGCGCGUACUUUGCCUCGUCAUUCUGUGACUUCGAAGAGGGCACGCCACUCGAAGUCAGAGGCGAGCGGCCAGCACUGCGCUUCUUUCCUGGAACAUGCAAGGGCACUGUAUAUCCAGGCUUUGUCUACGAGUCUGAUGCCGGUUCACGUGUUGUUCAAGUGAAGCUGAAUGCCAAGUUGGGAAGUGGAUCAUUGGCGGCUCACUAUAACGGUGGAGGUGCUUUCAUGCACGCUGAGCAGUACAAGCAACAAGGGAUCGAAGUCCUCGCCCGUUACAGUAGCGAUGACCCGACCAUCGCUGGUGGGGAACAAUCGAUUUUCUCGGGACAGCCUGCUGUCAUCCUUACAAAAGCAGACAAAGGUCAAGCCCUGCUCUUUGGCGUCCACCCCGAGUUCCCUAUGGGCCCGCGCAGCAGAUUCGUCAAGCAGAUCGGGGAUGUAUCGACUCUGCCUGCUUCUUUUCAGGACUCUGAGUUACAAGAAUCGCAACGCCUCCGAGCUUUAGGGGGUAUUCUGAAGCUUUUGAGCUUGGAAGUCAGCAUACCUGAAAGCCAGAACGAGUCGGCGGUGCGGCAGCAUCUCGCCGGCCUUUCUCUUUCGACAUCGUCGGCCAAGACCCCUUCGAUCACGGACCCACCUCGGCUCACUCCGCUGAUACUGAUGGAAACAGAAUCUGGCGCCGUUCAUUCAGUAUUGGAGUCUCUCCGUCAGCUCCCACGACCCCCAACUUCGAAAAUUUCCAGUCCGCAGCUUUCCCAACUGACGCUCAGGGAAGGACCCCAUGACCCGGACUUCGAGCGUGAUGCCCUCCGGUCUGCUGAGCUGUUCGGCUUCAAAGACGUGAAUGACACGUUCCAUAUCUUCUUACCAACGUCACAAAGCGCGACACAGCAGCAGACAGAGACCUCGCUCCAAGUACUAUGCCGAGAUGCCGACUAUCAAGCAUACCUGACUCCGUCCGAUAGCAGGGGAUCACCAAGCGGGGAAGAAAUGACUGACCAAGUCGUAGAAGUCGACCUGAAUGCGGUACCGAAGUACAUCCUUGCGUAUCCGUCUGGCGCGUACCCUUCAUCCGGAAGAUUGAUGCCGUACUUUAAUGCGCCUCAAUUCAUCAAGAGCUUGGCUGCUAGCCGGCAGCUGCUACGCGAUGCGCCCAUCAUAGCUUCGAGCGGAAUUGCUUGGCAGGCCCCCGUGACGAUUGCUAGUGCAUUCGUGUACGCGCAGGUGGUUACGAGCACACAGACGAUGCUAGACAAAAACUACAAAGUCCUCAGCCGGCUUCCGACGGGGUUCACUGCCAUUGCAACCCACCAGGUCUCCGGGCGAGGCCGAGGUGGAAAUGCCUGGAUUUCUCCUCUUGGUUGUUUGCAGUUCUCCUCGGUCUUACAUCUUCCAAGUUCAUUGGCAAGUGGUGUCGUUUUUGUCCAAUACAUCGCUGGAUUAGCCAUCGUUCUUGCCGUGCGUCACGCGCUGGGCAGAGCGUAUGUCGAAGUGGGUCAAAAAAUCAGGAUAAAAUGGCCAAACGAUGUGUAUGCCGAGGUCGGCGAGGACGCACCGGGGCAGGAGCAAAGGAAAGGCACAUUCACGGUUGACGGCAAACGCUACGCCAAGCUUGCAGGUGUCCUCGUGAACAGUCAAUUUGCAGGCAAAGAUUUCGCGCUCGUUGUAGGCUGUGGGAUCAAUUGCCUCAACUCAAGACCAACGACGUCACUCUCGGAUUUGAUUAGUAUCCAUAACGCGACCCUUCCAACUGACAGGAGUGCCCUGCCACUCGUAUCACAAGAGGCGCUGCUCGGCGCGAUACUGGCAACCUUCGAGCAGCUAUGGAAUAUCUUCAUUAAGACGGGCACAUUUGAGCCCUUCAAAGAGCUCUACCGCGACAUAUGGUUACACUCAGAUCAGGAAGCGACGCUCAUGGACACCGACCCGCCGACGCACGCGAGAAUCGUCGGCAUCAGCUCCGACUUCGGCAUGCUCCGCGCCGUGCCUGUCGAGCACCAGAUCACGAGUGCAGACUAUGACGCGUGGAGCAAGUCAGCUACGACCACGUCGCCUUUUAUAGAUUUGCAGCCAGACGGCAAUUCGUUUGACAUGUUGCAAAAUCUUAUACGGCGAAAGGAAUGA